AUAUAUAUAUAUAUACUUCUACCUACGAGGCUGCCAGGGCCGAGCAAAUAUCAGAUUAUUCACUUUUUAUCUCUCCCUUUGCUUUGCAUAAUGCGGACAGUGGCAGUGUUUGUGUUGGUUUGGUCUCUGUGUGCAACAGCCAGCAGUGGAGGUGUGAGUUGCAAUGAGAAGGAAAAGCAAGCCCUUUUGGUUUUCAAGCAGGCUCUCUCUUCUGAUCCUCUAGGCGCUCUGUCUUCUUGGUCUCACGAUGUUCGCGACACCGAUUGUUGCAAUUGGACAGGUGUUCGCUGCAACAAUAUGACCGGUCGAGUCGUUGAACUGGAUCUUUCCAAUCUACAUCUAAUGGGCAAUCUUACACCUUCAUUGCUAGAUCUGAAAUUUCUGAGUUAUUUGGAUCUGACUCUAAAUUAUUUUGGAGGCUCUUCCAUUCCAAGUUUCUUAGGUUCUAUGACAAGUCUCGUGCAUCUGAAUCUUGAAGACAAUGACUUUGAGGGUUUGAUUCCUCAUCAGCUUCAAAAUCUGUCCAACAUUCGUUACCUCAAUCUGGGAUUUAACUAUGGGCUAUAUGUAGACAAUCUCAAUUGGAUUGCUCAUCUUCGUGCUUUGGAAUUUCUUGACAUGAGUGGACUUGACCUCAACAAGGAAGUUGAUUGGCUUCGUGAGGUGAGCAGCCUUCCUUCCCUUUCAGAAUUAUAUUUGGAUGAUUGCCAGCUUGAGAAUAUGACUCCUUCUCUUGAACAUGUCAAUUUUACAUCACUUACAUCCCUUGUUCUUUCUGGUAAUAAUUUCAAUUGUGAGAUUCCAAAGUGGUUAUUCAAUCUCAAUAGCAGCCUUCGAAGUCUUGAUCUUUCUGGUAACUUUUUGCAUGGUUUUAUACCAUAUGAGGUUGGGCAACUCAAACAUCUUGAGCGACUUGAUUUGGGGAUGAAUAAAUUGAAUGGAACUCUUCCAAAGAGCAUUUGGGUUCUCUCAAAUUUAGUGACCUUGGACAUUGGUAAUAAUCUCCUAGAAGGCAUUGUUACAGAGGCUAAUCUGUCCAAACUCUCAAAACUAAGGAUUAUUUAUUUGUCUGGCAACUCUUUCUCCUGCAACAUCAGCUCCACUUGGGUUCCACCUCUUCAAUUGAAAAUCAUUUCAGUUGGUUCUUGCAAAAUGGGUCCAAAUUUUCCUUCAUGGCUGAAAACACAAAUAUCUCUUUCCAUCUUAGACAUUUCCAAAACUGGGAUAUCAGACACAAUUCCACACUGGUUUUGGGACUUGGCUUUACACGUGAAAUACAUUGAUCUCUCACAGAACCAGAUUGAUGGUGAUUUGUCCUCCGUUAUGCUAAAUUCCACUAUCGUUGAUAUUAGCUCUAACAGAUUUAGAGGCAAAGUACCACAUCUCUCUUCAAAUGUUAAAGUAUUUAAUGUUGCCAAUAAUAAUUUUUCAGGACCUAUUUCCACUUUCCUUUGCCAAAAGGAAAAUAAACAAAAUACAUUAGAAGUUUUGGAUGCUUCUUAUAACUUUCUGUCAGGCAACCUUUCUCAUUGCUGGAUGAAUUGGAAAUCCUUAAUCCAUGUCAACUUGGGAAACAACAACUUGUCUGGUGAAAUUCCCAUCCCAAUGGGUUCUUUGUCCAAACUUCAAUCGUUGCAGUUGCAUAACAAUAAGUUAUUUGGAUAUAUACCUUCAUCAUUGAAGAAUUGUCAAUUUUUGGGUAUCAUGAAUCUGGGUGGAAAUGAAUUGACAGGGACUGUACCAAGCUGGUUGGGACACAUUACAAAUCUAUCCAUUCUCUCCUUAUGCUCGAACAAAUUUACUGGUAGCAUUUCACCAGAUAUAUGCCACCUUUCUUCUCUUAUAGUACUCGAUCUUUCCAAUAAUAUCCUAGUUGGAAGCAUUCCGAAAUGCCUUACUAAUAUCACUGAGAUGGUUGACACAGAUGGAUCAUACCAAAACACAUUUAUUUAUGACACAGUUAUUUAUGACACAAUUAUUUAUGACAACUUUACAAGCUAUGAGGAAAGACUUUCAUUGGUCACAAAAGGGAGGGAAACGGAAUACAAAGAGAUUCUACCACUUGUUAGGAGCAUAGAUCUUUCAAGUAACGGUAAUUCGGGAGUGGGCCCUGACACAAGCUGUGCUGCAUCUCUUUUUGUAAAAUUUGCUAACAAUGGUCACCCUACUCUUGUGGUUUCAACUGACCCUGCUCAUUCUUUAAGUGACUCCUUUGCUCAGGAUUUGACUGGAAGGAUGCUUGUACCAGUUGAAGGACCUGAUUAUCCACUGUUUGCCCUGGAGUACUAUAACAGAAAAACCCUGAGAAAGCUAGGGAAGAAUUUUGCAGCGCAAGCCAAAAAAAAUGGUGGGAGUGGAAUCAAAGAUUUCAUGGAUGGCAUGGGCCUUGGGAUGCUUGUUGAACAGUUGGGAGAGCUGCUGGACACACCUCCUCCUGGUCUGGAUGAAGCAAUUGCCAUUUCCAAGGUUAUGCAAUUCCUUGAACCAAAGGAGUAUAAUAUGUUUACGUGAAUAGUUUUUGAUACUGCCCCAAUGGGUCAUACACUUGGGCUUUUGUCCUUGCCUGAUUUCUUGGAUGCAUCUAUAGGGAAGAUAUUGAAGCUUCAGCAGAAGCUAGCUUCAGCUACCUUCAGCCAUCAAAUCUGUCUUUGGCCAGGAAGGAACCCAGCAGGAUGCUGCUGACAAAUUAGAGCGUUCAAGGGAGAGAAUGAUAAAAGUACGGGAGCUUUUCCGUGACACAGAUGCAACAGAAUUUGUCAUUGUAUACAGCCAUUCAAUCUGCAUCUAUUAAGGGAUGCAUGUCUACUUAAGUUUGCUAAAACAGAGGUUAUAUAUAGUUUCAAAAGAAAUGCUUUAUUAUCUUGCUUUAAA